GCAGGUACCGUUCAUUUCCGAGAAAGCAUUCUUUCGAAAAGUAUCUCACACCUACCUGAGUGAGAAACUCAACAGCCAAUAUCGAUUAAACUGAUUCAAAAAUUAAUUAUUUUCCGGAACAGAAUUUGUUAAAACGAGAAAUAGACAAACACACAGAGCUCUCGGUUAGAACACUUGUAACUUUUAUAUUCCAUUUUCCUGGGACUGCCAACUAGAUUGUACAUCCAACGGUCACAACCUAUUUUCGAAAUGAGUAUCGUGGCUCAAGACCAUGUAUUUUUGUCCGCUUUGCAGCCCAAAACCGCCGUCAGCACUUACGCGGUCCCGUCCGAGAUCCAGCUCGGAGGGAAUGGGGCCACCCUGUCGGAUGAGAUGACCCGGGGAAAACGGGUCCAGCAGCAGGUUGCUAUGCGGCUCGCCGAGAAAUCUUCCACACUUCCGAGACAGAACGGCUCAGCCUCACACUAUACCUCCUCAGAACACGGCGGAUCUUCAACAAUGAAGUACCAGACCUUCAACCCAGGGUUCAGCUCCAAGUCCUACGUCUACACAGGCUCCAGACCUGUCAUGGCUCCCAAUAUGUCUCACUACUCAGGCGGUUUCUCCUCCCACUCGGCGGUGGACCUGGGAGGUGGUCAGAGGGUCACCAUGGGAGGUGGAGGAAGAGGUGGAAGAGGAGGAGGUGGAGGAGGAGGUGGAGGGUACAAGUACCUUGAUGACAUGCGCACAGGAGGGGGUUCCCUAGGAGGAGGGGGCUACCAGGGAGGAGGGUUCUACCGGGGAGGAGGAGGGGGCAACAUGAGGGGCCAACAGAUGUCCACUGUGAUCCGGACGAUGAGCCGUGGCCCUGGGCCAGACCCAGAGGCCUCUCUGCGUUCCAUGAGGCUCCAGAACCUGCCUGCACAGCCGUCUCCGGUGGCAGCCUGGGUGGCUGCAGACGUCAGCGAUGGCUGCAGCCUGGUCUCAGACCGCGAUGCCACAUUCAGCCGCCAGCAGUCUGUCUACAGCACUGUUAGCGGAGGAGCCUACAGCUCAGGGACACAAAUGAGACAGGCAGGAGGAGGAGGAAUAGGAGGACAGGGGUCCAUGGUACCCAUGAGGCGCUCACUCAGCGGGACACUAGCCCAGAGCGGAGGGGAGAUGAUGGGGGGAGAGGAGAUGAUGUCAGUCCAGCAGCAGCAUUCCUUUAAAGGACCAGCGUUUCGCACCCUCAACAGGAUCAACAACAGGAACAACAGGAUGUCCAUGGGAUCCACUUCCGGGGCGUCUACCUUCCCCCCCGGGGGGAACAGCAGCGUCGGUGGAGGGGAUGGAGGAGGUGGGUUCGUGAUGGGCCAGGUGUCGUCAGGGUCUCAGGGGAAUCUGAUGAUGAUGCAGCAACAGAGACAGGCCUCUCUUCCCAGGACCAUGUCUAUCAAGAGCAUGCACAGUGUCGGGAGGGGCAUGGACAUCUACGACGGACAGAUGGACAUGACUGGCAACAUGGGAAACCUCAGUGGGAUUAAUAACUUGGACAUGGGCACGGCGGUGAGGUACCUGAAAGAGGACGAUGCUGACAUGCAGGUUCUGGGAGCAGCUUAUAUUCAACACGAAUGCUACAACAACAGCGAUUCCAAGAACCAGGUGCGGCAAUAUAAGGCCAUCCCGGAGCUGGUGAGGCUGUUCAACAGUGAGAACCAGGAGGUGGCUCGCUACGCCACAGGGGCUAUGAGGAACGUCAUCUAUGAGAACAUGGACAACAAGAUGUCUCUCAUCGAGGAGGGAGGAAUUCCACAGCUCAUAAAUGCUCUGAAGGAGAAUGACGACGAGCUACGCAAGAACAUCACAGGUAUUCUGUGGAACCUGUCAUCCAAAGACAACCUGAAGGAGAAACUAGCCAAGGAGACGCUAGCUGAGCUCACAGAGACGAUUCUGAUCCCGCUCUCAGGAAGUGGAGACCCUGAGGUCAUCCAGCAGAGCCCCUCUGAGGUUGAUAUCUUCUACAACACCACCGGAUGUCUCAGGAACCUGAGCUCAGUGAAUGAGAAGACCAGACGUCAGAUGCGCGAGACCAACGGUCUGGUGGAUGCCCUGGUAGGAUACAUCCAGGCCUCGGUACAGGAUGGCAAGGUGGAGGAAAAGGGUGUGGAGAACUCUUUAUGUGUCCUGAGGAACCUCUCCUACCAACUGUACAGUGAGAUCCCGCCCUCAGCCCAGCUACGUCUGGAAGGACCAACCAGAGGCCAGGAAACAAGCAAGAGUGAAGCCAUUGGUUGCUUUACCCCUCAGAGCAAGAAAGUCAAAGAUAGGAAGAACAAGGACAUGGCUACGUUCACGGAGGUGGCCCGCGUACCCAAGGGUCUGGAGUGGCUGUGGCACCCCCAGGUGGUGGGGCUGUAUAACAGCGUGCUGCAGGGCUGUGAGAAUAACUCCACUACCCGCGAGGCUGCAGCCGGGGCUCUGCAGAACAUCACCGCAGGAGACAAGAGGUGGGCGGAGGUGCUGAGUCAUGUGGCUCUGGAGCAGGAGAGGAUGCUUCCUGUGAUGUUGGACAAACUGAGGACCAAUAAUGACCUGGAGCUGAGAUCCCUCACCGGCUUCCUCAGAAACCUGUCACGCCAUGCCAAGGACAAGAACGCCAUGGCCACAAAGGUAGUGAACAACCUGGUGACCGAACUGCCUGCUGACGGUCAGCAGAAGGAGCCGUCGAGCGACGUGGUGGUCAACAUCUGUGGAACGCUGAACAACCUGGUGACCUCCAGCUCCAUCGCAGCCCGGGACAUCGCCUUCUUCGACGGGCUGCAGAAACUAGUGGCCAUUAAGAACUCCCACGACAGCAGCCCUGGGAAGCUGAAAGCAUCCAAAGCAGCGGCCACAGUCCUCUGCAACAUGUUCCAAUACAAGAAGCUGCACAAGGACUACAAACAGAAAGGAUUCACACGGCCUGACUUUGCAGACGUGACCAUCUAAAAAGGAACCUCUCUUUCUGUCAAGUGGCUGGAAACACGUGAACACUUCAGUGAUCAAGGACCAUCUGUCAAACUGAGAACAUGGAGUUAGAUGGACUACACUACAGAGUUAGAUGGACUACACUACAGAGUUAGAUGGACUACACUACAGAGUUAGAUGGACUACACUACAGAGUUAGAUGGACUACACUAUAGAGUUAUAGAUGGACUACACUAUAGAGUUAUAGAUGGACUACACUAUAGAGUUAGAUGGACUACACUACAGAGUUAGAUGGACUACACUACAGAGUUAGAUGGACUACACUAUAGAGUUAUAGAUGGACUACACUAUAGAGUUAUAGAUGGACUACACUAUAGAGUUAGAUGGACUACACUACAGAGUUAGAUGGACUACACUACAGAGUUAGAUGGACUACACUAUAGAGUUAUAGAUGGACUACACUAUAGAGUUAUAGAUGGACUACACUAUAGAGUUAUAGAUGGACUACACUAUAGAGUUAGAUGGACUACACUACAGAGUUAGAUGGACUACACUACAGAGUUAGAUGGACUACACUAUAGAGUUAUAGAUGGACUACACUAUAGAGUUAUAGAUG